UCCCCUUCCAAUUUCCAAGUCAACUAGCGUGUUAAACACAGAAUGAACUUAAUAUAUUGUGAAGCAAGAAUGGAAGUAAACAAUUCAGCAGUCUUGUUCUGAACUAGAGAAGUAGAUCCUUUUCUUUUUUGUUUUCCGUGGUGCUUUAGUUCUGGCUCUUCAGUUCAGCUGGGAAUUUCUCGAUGGCUCCCGUGGCUUUGUUUAUUUUCUCUCUUCUCACUCAUCUAGUGGUUCUUCACUCUAACGAAGAGUUGAAAAUCAACAAAGGCUGUCCUCCCGAAGAAUGUCAGACGCAUCUUCCUGAAUGCGACGGGUUGUUCACAGUUGAUUGUUCUGAUCGAGAUAAUCCGAGGAUCCAACUGAAAGAGGAAGGAUACUGGCAUGAAUUUGAGAUCAUCCCUGAACCAAAUAUGAUUUUGAUCAAUGACCGCAAGCUUGAGCAGCGUUUGAAAACAAAUUCCUGCAAUGAUCAAGUUUUCAACGACUUGAGUCUUCCCGGCCUUUCUCCAGUCUUUGAUGAAUUAUUCGCACCCAAUCUGACCCUCAUCAAAUGCAGCACCCCACUCCACGAUACAGAUCUUAACUACGGCUGCAGAAAUCAUAACUAUAAUUACUAUACUACUUCGCCUGAUCAUAGUUUACCAAGUCUCCCACCAUCAUGUUCCGUGUUUCAGAUGCCCAAGGAUCCAUAUAAACCUUUCUUCAGUCUUUCUGCAUUGACUACUACGUUUCAACUUCUAUUUCGAGUAAGAGAAGAAUGCCAUGUUGACAAGGGAAAAUUUAAGUGUUCCGUUAGAGAAAAAGGAGAUAAAUUGGGAUUGACGCUAGGACUAGCAGGUGCAGUUGCUGGUCUCAUGGUUCUAGUUGUUAUUGUUUGCUGCUUAAAGAGAAAGUUAGCAUAUGAUAGCUUUAUUUUCUUCUGGAAGAAUCAAGGCCAAGAUCGUCAAAUUGUUGAGGCCUUUCUAAGGAGCUAUGGGCCACUUCAAGUUAGAAGAUAUAGCUAUUUGGAGGUCAAGAAAAUGACCAAUUCCUUCAAAGAAAAAUUAGGACAAGGGGGCUACGGUAGUGUAUACAAGGGAAAAUCAAAUGACGGCAGUCUUGUAGCGGUGAAGGUCUUGAGCAAAUUAAAAGGUAAUGGAGAAGAAUUUAUGAAUGAAGUGGCAGCCAUUAGUCGCACUUCCCAUGUCAACAUUGUCUCCUUGUUGGGCUUUUGUUUUGAGGGUUCAAAAAGAGCUCUCAUCUAUGAAUUCAUGCCUAAUGGAUCACUUGAGAAGUUCAUAUUUGAUGCAAAUACCCCAAAAAUAGAUCAUGGUCAUCACUUGGGAUGGGAAGCAUUGGAUCGAAUUGCCCUUGGCAUUGCUCGAGGAUUGGAGUAUUUACAUCGCGGUUGCAAAACAAGAAUUCUGCAUUUUGACAUCAAGCCUCAUAACAUUCUCCUUGAUCAAAAGUUCUUCCCAAAAAUCUCUGAUUUCGGCCUUGCUAAAAUAUGUAACAGGGACGAGAGUAUUGUGUCAAUAAUGUGCACCAGAGGUACUGCCGGUUACAUUGCUCCAGAAGUAUUCUGUAGAAAUUUUGGAGGGGUCUCACACAAGUCAGAUGUGUAUAGCUACGGGAUGAUGCUUUCUGAGAUGGUUGGAGGAAGAAGGAACAUCAAUGCAGAAGCUGAAGAUACAAGUGAAAUAUAUUUUCCACACUGGAUUUACAAGCGUCUGGAACUGGAUGAAGAACUUGGUCUGCCGAGUAUCAUGAAUGAGGAAGACAAAGUAAGAGCAAGGAAGAUGGUAAUAGUGAGCCUGUGGUGCAUACAAACAGACCCUUCAAACAGGCCAGCGAUGAAAGAAGUGAUAGAUAUGUUGGAAGGCAGUGUUGAUUGCUUGCAGAUACCACCCAAGCCUUACUUGUCUUCUCCUCCAAAAUCCCCCGCAGGUUCUUCUACAGCUACAUUGGUCUCAAUACAAUAGAACGUCCCCUGUAUUUUACUUGAACACUUCCAUGUUUAUGGAUAAUGAACUGUAUGCUUAUGAAGUUUGCUAGGUGUGGAUCGAACAUGUGGACUAUUUUAUUAGUGUUGCUCAUAGGGCCAGUGACUAGAAUAUAAAUCGGUGAAGUGCCAUUGAGU